AUGAUUGAAUCUCAGGAAUUAUGCAUUAAUGCACUUAACAAUGUGAGAAGACCUCCUGAAAUAGAUGAGUCACCAUCUAAUAUGAUUUUUCAUAGCAAUACUUCUACAUCUUUGGUUAAUUUUGAGGGUGAAACUAUUGGCUUGUCUACGAGCUCUAAAGAUGAAGUAAGAAAAAAGGAAAUAGAAUUUACUCCCAAUGUUACUAAUCGUAAACGUAAAUUGAGGAUAGAUUCUACAGGUACUGAGAAUAUCAUUGGGGCAACCCCAUUAUCUCCCUACUCUAUUUCUGCUGAUUAUGCAGUUAUGCUAAGCGAUAAACUCGGACUAUCGCAUAUCUCUGACUUAGAUACUUUAUCAUUAAAGUCUUUAAUUGAAGUUAGGGAAAAGGAAAUUUCAGAGAUGAUCUCAACAUUUAGCUUUGAGAAAGCGCAAUAUAGAGUUGAGAUCUUGAGAUUAAAAGAUAAAAUAAAAGAGGAGAAGAAGGAGAACUCGAAUUUAGAGAAUGAACUGAAAGAACGAGAUAGAGAAGUGUUGGAUUUAAAAAUGAGAUUGGAUGAGCUUGAAUCAGAGAAUAAAUCUAUAAAAGAAAGCUAUGAAGCUUUAAUUGAAGCUGAGAAGCAUGCUGUAUGUCACUUAAAAAGAGAAUUGCAACAAGAACGAGCAAUAAGUUCUUCCUUAGAGGAUUAUAGGAGUCGCUUUAAUGAACAGCAAGAUUAUAAACUUAAAUAUAAUGAAGCUAUUAAGAGGAUUCAGACAUUGGAAUUAGAAUUAAUAUACAAUAGGAGUAAUCAGCGUUCAGUAUCUGAUGAUAACAUAUACCUUUCUAGUGAAAAUAGCAUACCUAUUAUAUUAGGGAGAUUAGAUGAACCUAAAAUAGCUUUUCAAGAUGGAAAUAUAAGAAAGACUAGGAGUCUUGAAGUUUCUAUAGAGAUCAGAGAUAAUUUUGAUAAUAAGUUAGUACAAAGUAGCUCUAAAUUACGUGAUAUAGAACUGAUUAGCAGAGAAAAUAAGAUAUUGAUGGAAAGCUACUUAAAAUUGCAAGAAGAGCUAGAGGCUGAAAAGAACAAGUUAUUAAUGGCAAAUAUUCGUCAGAUAACACAGAAGCCGUUAUUGAUAUCAUCAUGUACAAAUACUAAAUUGACUAUGAAUAAUAUUUCUGAGAUGGAAUCUAAUAUUAACUAUACAAAGCUUAAAUUUCUAGAAUUGAAGACAAGAAAGGUAGUCUCAUUAAAUAUUGUAGAUAUAUAUGUCAAAAAUAGAUUUCAGUGCGUGAAGUGUGUAGAUUAUAAAAUACAUGGUACUUAUACAAGAGAUAAUAACUCUCAAACUGAUUUAAAUAGUUUUGUUAUGGAGAUUAAAAGAGAAAAUAGUUUAGUCCAUUUAGGUCAAAUUUGUUAUAUCCAAUGUAUUGAAGAGGACUUAAUGAAUAACGAAGAAGAUCCAAAUUUAUCCUUAUUUAACUUGGCAUUUGAGAACUAUCAUUUAACACCCAAUUUACUAAAUUUGAAACAGUAUACAUUUGAAGAUGAAGUUUUUGGACAAAAAAGAGUAGUACCUAUAGAAGAAUAUUCAGUAACUACAAUUAAAAGUGUUGUCCCACUUUUUGCAAAGUCUGAAUUUCAUAUUAAGAAGGAAUUGGUUAGAAAAGUAUUAUUAUUAUUUGCUGAUUUAAGGGAAGAUUUGGAAGAUAUUAGAAAGUCUAUGUGUUCUAUAUUUCAAAGCCCACAGAACAUGUUUUCAAUUGUAAAAUCCAUAUUAUGUAGUGAAGAAGAUAUAAAUAAUAUUAAUAAUAAAAAUAUAUUCUUGUAUGAUGUGUCAAUUUCAUUAGCCAAAAUAUAUCGUUUAUGCCUUGGAAAUAUGAGCCAUGUUGAAUCAUUAAUUCAGUCUCAACAAAAUGAAUGGUAUAGAUGUUUCGAUACAUUACAGAAUCAUAUUUCGAGAUUAUAUAAAGAGAAGAGUGAACUUUUGGAUGAGAUAAAUAAUUUAAAGGUAUGUUUAAAAAAUACAGAAGAUGAGAAGAAGAGAAUAAAUAAUGAAAUGUACGAUAUGAAAGAUGAUACUAUAAGCUGUUAUACCUUUAAAGCAGGUAGUAUAUGUGAUUCUGAUAUAAAUGACCACUGUACUUUCGAUUCACCAAAACUGAAGGCAUCAAUAGAUGAUAUUGAAAAGUCAAUUCACAAGGACAAUAAUGAAUAUAUAAACGAGGUUGAAAAAUCUGGAGGUGAGCAAAUAGAAUCGUGUUUUGGAAAUCUGAAUAGAGAAAAUGAGAACUUAGAUAAAACUAUAAUUAAGACUCAGAUAGAGGGUUCAUCCUUAUAUAGUGAACAUACAGAAAAAAAGUCCGAAAUAAGUAAAUUCGAUAAAAUAAUCGAAUUACAAACCAAAAUACGUUCAAUAAGAAAUCAUAGAAAUGGUAGGAGCCUAAUUGAAAUGUCCAGUAAUCAACAAAUAAAUGUAGAUAAUACUACAGACAGUGACACCAUAACUAUAAGAAGAUCUCAUUUGGAAUUAUUUGGUACUACUAAACAUAAAGUAAUGGCAUCUCCCUUAUCAAAGGCUUUAUCGAAUAGUUUAAAGCCACCAUUACUUCCUAUUAUGCAAAAUGACUCAUUCGAUAAUAUGGAAGAUAUAUCGAGUACAGUGUUAAUGUUGAGAUUACAUCGAUAUCAUAAAUAUUUUGAGUUAUUACAGAAUCACAUAACUUUUUUAACAAUGGAAAGACAGAAAAUACAACUCACUUAUGAAAGAGAUGUACAGUCUGCUCAUAUUGAAUUACUAUCUUCUAAACUUCAGUUAGAAGCUAGGGAGGCUGAAUUAAGAAGCCUAAGCGAAAAGUAUAAUAGCUCUGUUGUGACUUUUGAAGGAAAUAUCAAUCAUAUAAGGCUAUCUGCUAGGGAUGAAAUAGAAAGAUUGUGGAAACCGAAAUUAUUUGAAAAGGACGAGAAAUGCAAAGAAUUAAAAAACCAGAUUCAUUCUUUAGAAGCCGAAAUUUUGCUAUUACGCCAACAACUUUCAUUUAAGGAGAAAAUCACGAACAAAUAUUCUUUAGUUGAUAAAAAUGAUGAAUCUUUCAGGCAGUUAUAUAUGACAGAGAAGAGUGCAAUUGAAAAUGAUUGCCCUAAAACUGAUGAAUCAGAUAUAUCCUCUCCAAUAUCAAAUAACAGUGAUGGUAAUCAAAAUUUGUCAGUUUUGAAUACAGCCUUAUUAAAAUUAAAGUCUGCAGUUUUUGAAAGUUCAAUGAAUGGUCAAUGCAGCUUAAAGUAA